AUGGUCCAUGUGAAAGAGAAUGUGAAGCUCGGGUUCCUCCUGUCCUCCUUGCUAUUCUGCCUGGGUUCCUUGGUAACAUCCCACAAGAGCUUUCAGAUGGGCCCUCGAGACUUGCCCACCCUUCAGCCCAAUGUGAAGCAGUUUUGUCGAUUCGUUUACAAGGCUCGCGAUCGCUGCCUCGAUGAAAAGAAACGACAAGAUCCUUCUUGUCCGAGCAUUAUGACUCAGGCAUCGCAAUGCGAAGGGGCAGUCAAACUAGCCUAUCGCAGCAUCAACACGUGGGGAUGUUCUUAUCAGUUGAGGGAUCAGACACUCUGUGAAUUGGAACGCUGUGGGGGCUAUCACGGCGUCAGUGUCUUGCGUACGAACGACGCACCCAAAGUCAUGGGCGCCAACAGUGAGGAAUUCAAGGAAGCAGUGGAGGGGUGCGCAAAUCACUGUAAUACCAUUCGAAAACGAUUGGAUCAGUGCAUCCAAGACAAUGUGCAUAAGGUGUUGAAGAAACAGGGGAUUCGAGUAAAAGAAGAUUGA